AUGGCCUUUGUCCAAUUCUACGAGUCAUGGUUGGAGAAGCUGAAGGAGCUGGUGCAGCAACUAAGAGCAACAAGGGAAAAGGAAGAGCAUGAAGAAGAAGGAGAAGAGGAAAUAAUAGAGAAAGUGAUGUUGCACCACCAAGACUAUUACAGAGCCAAAUCGGAGGCUGCGGAGAAGGAUGCACUCAACGUGUUUCUUUCACCAUGGGCCACCACACUUGAACGCUCCCUUCAUUGGAUCACUGGGUGGCGACCCACCACCGCUUUUCACCUCAUAUACACAGAGUCUUCUCUUCUCUUUGAAUCACACAUCAUUGAUAUUCUUCAAGGCCUUCGCACCGGUGACCUCGGUGACCUUUCACCGUCCCAAUUCCGACGUGUCAGCGAGCUUCAGUGUGACACUGUGAAGGAAGAGAAUGCAAUAACCGAGGAGCUAUCAGAGUGGCAGGACAGUGCGAGCGAGAUGAUGGGUCUUCACCCGGAAAUCAACGAGAAGAUUGACGGGCUGAUAUGCAUUGUAAACAAAGCCGAUGAUCUACGGCUAAGAACACUGCAGAGUGUGGUGGGCUUGCUGUCGCCGCAGCAGGCUAUCGAGUUCUUGAUGGCUUCUGCUGAGUUGCUCCUAGGGAUCCGUGGAUGUGGAUUGAAUCACGACCGUUCCCGUCACAGAGUAUGA